GUUGAUAUCAGCAGAUGAAAGUGCGCUCAGCUCCAAAAGGUCCAGGUAUCGAAGUUCCGUAUCAGCGCGUGGUGAAGAAGGUCUCGACCUGAAUGAGUUGGGAUGAAAAGCGGCAGCAGGCACCCAGCAACUCAACACCGUAGAUCUACACGACAAAGAUCCACAUCGCGAUCCUGUGUAGAAUCAUCAAUGUCAGCAAAAUGACCGUCUUAAUAAUAGCUGCAUCGUUUCUCCUGCAGCUAGCCUUAUGUGCGCAACCGUCAGCCCCGUCCCCGGUUGCAGCGCCCCUGCGUGAGCUUUCUUGGGGACAGCUGAACUUCUUGCACACAACGGAUAUACACGGCUGGUGGGGAGGGCAUCUUCAGGAGCCUUCGUACUCUGCCGAUUGGGGCGACUAUAUCUCGUUCGCUGAACAUCUUCAUGACAAAGCCGAUGCUGAAGGCUCGGACUUAUUGCUCAUCGACACCGGCGAUCGGAUAGAAGGAAAUGCUAUUUAUGACAGUUCGAAACCUCGCGGGAAGUUCACCUACGAGAUAGCCAAGGAGCAGCAUAUCGAUCUCAUAUGUUCCGGCAAUCAUGAGUUAUACAAGCAGAACUCCUCGGAGGGAGAGUACUACCACACAGUUCCCGAUUUCAAAGGCCACUACAUCGCCUCCAACCUGGACAUCUACAGCCCCGAGACGGGAGAGCUGCAGCCUCUGGCCCCUCGGUUCAAGAAAUUCAAGACGAAGAAUCAAGGUAUUCGGAUCUUAGCCUUCGGCUUCAUCUUUGACUUCACACGCAAUGCAAAAAACACCGUCAUUCACAGAGUCCGCGACACGGUAGAAGAACCCUGGUUCAAAGAAGCCAUACGUGAUAGAGACGUGGAUCUCAUAAUCGUUUUCGGCCAUGUGGACAUACGCUCGGACGAGUAUGCCACUCUGUACGCCACCCUCCGCAAAGCUUACUGGGACACUCCGAUCCAGCUUUUCGGCGGUCACUCACACAUCCGAGACUACAAGAUCUUCGACGACAAAUCCGUGGCCUUGGAAAGCGGCCGCUACAUGGAGACUCUUGGAUUCAUGUCCAUUUCUGGGCUCUCCACGGGCGGCACCAAGCGAGUCCCUGCCACACCGCAGAAGUCCACACUCACAUUCUCCCGCAUGUACAUCGACAACAAUCUCUUCUCCAUGCACCAUCACAGCGGCAAAGACGAAUCCAGCUUCCCCACUGUUCACGGACUCAACGUAUCCGCCCAAAUCAACCGGGCCCGCCACGCGCUGAGCCUGAACCGCCUCUACGGCUGCGCUCCGCAUGAUUUCUGGGUGAACCGGCGCCCUUAUCCGCACGAAGAAAGCAUAUUUUCCUGGCUUGAGAAAGAAAUGCUACCAGACACCAUCAGCACUUCUGAACGCUUCGUCAAACUUGGCAAGAAGGCUCUCGUGAUCACCAAUACGGGAAGUAUCCGUUUCGACAUCUUCAAAGGCGCAUUCACGAAAGAUACCACAUUCCUCGUCUCGCCGUUUACCAGCGGCUUGAGAUAUAUCAAGGACGUGCCUUAUGUGGCUGCGAGCCGUGUAUUGCGCCUGCUGAAUAGCGAGGGACCGAUUCUGGAGGCGUUGAGGGAGGGGAAAGUGUUUCUGGAUCCGCCGGAGAUGGCGGCUGCGAGGUUGCGGCCGGGAUUCUUCUCUUCAUCCCGCGGCUCGAUCGGAUUCCAGGGGGUCGAUGCGAAGGGGCAGUCGCGACUUUCGUCUGCCGGUGACAAUGAGAGUAUCUUUCCAGGGUACACCACGUAUGAUGAUGCUGGCACAGAUGGAGAUGAUACAGUGCAUUCGCCUAUUCAGUUCUACGAGGUGCCGAAUUGUAUCCAAGCUCCUGUUGGAUUCUCCACACAUGAGCAUGCUGAAGCGGGAGAGAAGCUGGAACUCCCUGAAACGGUCGACCUCAUCUACAAUGAAUUCAUUGAGAAAUGGAUUCUCAUGGCGCUAGAGUAUUUGGGGGAGAGGUACGAUGUGGAAGAUACGGAGUAUUAUUUCCCUGGCAAGAGCUUCACGGAGCUGAUGACGGAGUGGGUGAGGGAUCACUGGGGUGUGAAUGGGAAGACGUGUUCGUCAUAGUGGCUUUGCAGUGUAAAUAAAUGGCCAUAUGCAUCGGAGUCAGCAUGGGAAUGGGUCUUGACGAUGAGAGAUAUUUGCACUGGCAGUGAUCUCUAUGUCCUUGGGCCUGAUAAUGAGAGAAGAUAUAGAAAUGCUAUCUCCGCGAGGACGAUUA